CCCACGUUUUGUCUGUGUCGCUCCCUCACCUCUCCUCUCCUAUACAGACAAGUCAGCCAAUGCAUCAGCCUGCAGCCCAUCCGGCUUCCACUCGCACUCUCCAGCUGCCUCCCCUCCUCGCUUCUCUCCGCCGGAUCGUCCCUCCUUUUUCCUCCCCCGCCUGCUUUCCUCCCCUUCUCCGUCCCUGUCACCCGUGCCUCGUCCUCCUCAUCCUCAAGCCACCAUGGUGAACAGAUAACCGCCCGGCCGUCGCGACGCCAUGGGUGCCUGCUUCUGCAAAGGCCACAAAGAGCUCCACCGUACCAUGACAGCACGGCAGGACCAGGCCGACCGCGUACCGCCAUCCUCUGUGAAGAAUGGCCAGAAUCCAACCAAUGGCAGUGUGUCGGAUAAAAGCGAUGGCUAUGAUAUCGGCGAGCUUGCUACCUCCUCUUUGAUUGGUCUGGUGGCCACGAUAAAGGAGCGCAUCACCAAGCCCACGGCGAUGGCACAGGGACGAGUGGCUCACCUGAUCGAGUGGAAGGGCUGGGGUGGAGGAGGCGAGGCCACAGGAAGCGGGGUCGGCUGGAGCGCGGCCCGGGGGCGCUGCGGCGGGGGGUGGGGGGGGACGGCGCUGCACGAGGACGAGCAAUUCUACUCCCAGAUGACGGACGAAAUCAAGGAAGCUCGCUUCGCUGCAGGAGUAGCAGAGCAGUUCGCCCUGGCCGAGGCGUCCAUGAACGUGUGGUCCCUGAAUGACGGCCUACAGCAGCCGUCCUCCAGCUUACAAGCUGCACAGAACCACUUCUUGUCCCAGUUCCUGCUGGAUGGCGGCAGCCUCAGCGUUCCUCACCACCUGUACAGCAUCCACGCACAGACGUAUGGUGAAAACAGGGCGGCCAACCUGGUCUGUCCGCCGGUGGCCCACAGCAUUUCCCCCACGUCCAGCGCCCAGCGGGACGGAGGUCGUCCCCUCGAGGACGGAAGCGCUGCGCCCGCGGAGGCUGCUGUGCGACACGUAGACAGCAGCUCUCUGUCCGAGGAUGAUGUUUUUUAUAACUAGGCUCGCCGGCGAUCUCGGCGGUAAUCUCUGAAAGGAGCGCUGCUGAGGGGACUUACACGGCCGAUCCAAAACAUAAAGGGGGGACGUUUGUGAGGUUUGGCCGGCCGAGGGUGGCUUCAGCCACUCGUCCUCUGUUACAAACACUCCAAAUUGUAUUUUCUUCCCCAUGUUGAGGCUUGUGCUUUUGUGAAUGUACAUAAUUCCAUUGGUAAUUGAUUUUUUUUAUUUUUAUUUGUCCUUGAAUAAAAAGCAGCCCGAGUAAAGAAAACAAAAAGAAAGGAA